ACAGAUAACCGUAACGGAGUCCAUCAGUUUCAUUUCCACUUGAACACCUCUCUCACUCUCUCUCCACCAAAAACCCUAAAACCACCUGGAGCCGCCGAGAUCAGCUCGCUUCAAAUGGCGCUUCAUCUCGCCAGACGCAAACAAAGACUACACUCCAACCCAUCUCUGAUUCAUCUCUUCUCCACCACCUCCACCUCCUCAUCUCCCCAAGACGGCGACGAACAACCACCGUCCGAUUCCAAAAUCUCCUCCUACUUCAGCGGCAUUAAGAGCAGCCUCAAACAACAAGACGGGAGGAGACAGCUCGCCGGAUUCGAUCCCAAAGGUCAAACCUUUACCCCCGGCGGCGAGGAUGCGAGGCGCAAUCUCAACGAGUUCCGACGCCGAUCGGCGUCUCCUCCGCCGGCGAGGGGGUUGCAGGAUCUCUACAAGCAGACCGUGCUCUCGAAACCCAAACUCGAAAGCUCGUCUUUUGAGAGCCUAAAGCAGAACUUAAGGCAGAUGAGGUCGCCGCAAGAGGCGACGAGAUCAAGCAUUCAAGGGAUUACGAAGACGAAACACAGUGAGGGGUUGCCUGUUUCGGUGUUUGGUGAGGAGCUUGAAGAGAGGAGGAGGAGGAAGGGAGAUGAGACGGAGGAGGAGGAGAUGAAGUCUGAGUUUUUAAAGAGGUACGACACUGAAGAGCUGGGGGAGAGGCUUAGAGAGUAUAGACCAGAAGGGAAGAGAGAGGAAGGUUGGUUCUCGUUGCGGGAGCUGAACCAGAGGCUUGUGAAGCUGAGAGAGGUGGAAGAGGAGAAAGCAGUGGGGACGAGGAGGAUGAGGGGAGGGUUUCAGUUCGAUGACUUGAGGUCUGGUAUUCAAGAAAAGAAAGAAGCUGAAGAUGCCAGAAAAUCACUUGCACUUCAGAACGUGGAUCUUUUCAGCGUUUUCAGUGAUACCUCAAAGUAUUUGCUGGAGCCUCCCAAAGAGGAGCUUGUUCAAACUUAUUUCCACCCGGAUAACAUGUCAUCUGCGGAGAAGAUGAAAACUGAGCUUGCAAAGGUCAGGGAAGAGUUCAAGAUGUCUGAAUCCGAUUGUGGUUCUGCACGUGUUCAAGUGGCACAACUGACUACUAAGAUCAAGCAUCUAUCCUCUGUUCUACAUAAAAAGGACAAGCAUUCGAGGAAGGGACUUAUAGCAAUGGUGCAUAGAAGGAAGAAACUGUUGAAGUAUAUGAGACGAACGGACUGGGACUCUUACUGCCUUUCGCUCUCAAAACUAGGUCUUCGUGACAACCCUGAUUACAAGUUUUAAAACAAAUGAAUCUUUAUUGAUCUAUGUAACUCUCUUUUUUGUUCUUUUCUUUUUGGCAAAUGAGAUAAUGUUGGUCUCUCUUAUCCAUCAUUUUGGGCAUAGAAACGCUGUUCUAGAGUUUAUUGUUGCAGGCUAUAUAGGCAAAGAUACUUAAGAGUUGUGUGGGAAGUUUGAUAAUAAAGUUAAAUUCUAGACAA